UACGAGCAAAGCGUUGGGCAACGCAACAGAGAACUUUUAAACUUGACACGUUCCGUUGCGUUGGGUUCGGAAGACAAGAGAAGUUCGGACGUUAUUCCCUUCGCUCCCCCUUUCACCAAGACGAAAGAGAAAAGGCGGUUGCCGGAGAGGGGAGAAAGUGGGGGCCAGACCCGAAGCAGGCAGAUCGCGUGUAUACGCCAUGGGAGCAUUCGAAGCAGUCGCCCUGGUUUCUCAGCUCGUGUUCGGGUUGGUUCUAACGGCAGCAACCAGCCAUGCAACAGUAUUCCUAGCCGAACACGAACCGCAAAGACAAGUCGUCAGGACAGGCACGGGAGAGCACCACAUCGGGAAACGCAUGACAGGAGAGUGUGCUGUUCCCAAUCGACAAAGAUUCCAAAAGAACCUGGGCGACUAUCAGAACAGCCAGGAGGACGACUACGACUGGAGGGAGGAGAAAGAUGUGGCCGAGCUACGCUACCCGUCGUGCGAGAGCCUGUUCUGCUUCAGCACGCGCCGCGGCUACCUGGCGUCGCCGAUCCGAAAUGAGCUCACCGGCCGGCCGUGCAGCAUGACGUUCGACUACCAGGCCAUCGGCAGCGCCAGUCGCCUCGUCGUGCACCGCUACUUGCUGGCUGGCUUCAACAGUGGCGGUCUGACGGAGCUCUGGGCAUCGACGGAAACUACCAGCAGAUGGGUGACCCAGAGCAUUACUAUCAACUUCACGGGCUCAUUCCAGGUAGUAUUUGAGGGUCAGCGGCGAGGACCAGCUCAGGAGGAUGGCAUCGUCCGGGUGGACAACGUUGAGUUCUCAUCGACGUGCUGCGCAAUUGAUGGAGGCUGGUCACAGUGGACAGACGAUGGGACCUGCUCUGCAUCAUGCGGUGGUGGACAGCAGCUACGAUCGAGGCAAUGCAACUCGCCGCCGCCGCAGAACGGAGGAAGCUGCAAUGGUGGCGCGGCCAGUGAGACUGUUCCGUGCAGCGAGCAGUCAUGCCCGACGCCACCGCCACUUCCAGCUCCUCCGAUAUCACCACCAGCUACCACAACAAUGGCAUCCCUUAUUCAGCGCUCGAUAACGAAUGCAAGACCUGCUCCAGAGCAAACAACCUACCCGGCAACACGUGGAACAUCCAGUGGGACACCAGCAAGUCAAGAUCCCUCCGAGGUGCAGGUCACCAGCGAAGAUCGGCACGUGAACACAACCCCAGCCCACGGGCCAACCGCAGCGCAGCCACCGAGCCAAUCAUCCCCAAGUCCCCGAGGCCAACCAGCCAGACCGCAGCGUCCCUCGCCACCACCGCCGCCGCCGGAACAGCCGUCAUCAACCGACGCCAUUCGGUCGCUGUUUGCAAAGCCGGCUGUGAUCGGCGGAGCCAUCGCCAUCGGCCUGGCCUUGCUGACUAUUGUGCUGCUGCUGUGCUUGUACCAGAGACGACGAAGGCAUGGGCAGGACCGCAAGGAGGAGAAGAGAAUAGCGAGAGUAAGCAUUCAGAACAAUACCAUGGAAGGCGCAGCCGAAGCGGAGGUCAAGGCGAGUGGCGAGAAACAAAGCACCGGCGAGUGCAAAGUCGGCUGCUUCUACUCCAACCCGCUGAACCAGGGAGGGCAGCCGGCACCAUCGGUCUCGUCCAACCUCUACGCGACCGCGCACAAACCGGACAAGCGCGCCGUGGAUCCGCGUCGGCGUGGUAGCGACACGAGUACCAACAGCCAGCAGAUGGCGCCUAAGACCAAGCCCAAACCGCUGGGACGCAUGGUCAGUGGCGCUCCAUCACGAAUACAGCUCCUCUCCCCGUCCAGCCAGCUACCGCCGCAGCCAGCAUCUCCGCAAGAGAUCAUCGCCUACGAGGACGUACUCGACGACGAGGCGGCCUCGGCACAGCGCAGGCUCAGCAAACGAAUGCACAGCUACAACAUCCUGCAGCACGACACGUCGGAACAGCAGCAGCUGCCUGGCGCGGCACACGCUGCUACAGCAGCAGCAGCCCAGAUACCCGAGCAAACAUACAAUCGACUGGGUGAGGUGCAGGCGUGCGGACACCCAUACAACACGGUGACGCACGGCGAGCCACCGCCGUAUCAGCUGCCAGCCGACGUCAUACGGGCUGGCGUGCAGCAAGGCAACCUGUGCCUCGACCAUCUCACCGCCGAGGAGAGAUUCGGCAGCCAGGAGACGCUACUGGACGGCGAUUACAAAGAGCCAAAGGACGCGCUCAGCAGAAUCGUGUGCGGCGCCAUUCGGCAGAAGCCGUUCUGCUACAUCUGCACGCAGAUGCAGGUGGAGGCGUGCGCUGCGGAGACCGGAAAUCCGCUGGUGUCUCAGCCGCCGUUCACCGCCACGGCAUCCAUGAGAGUCGCGGGCCGCUGCACGUGCCACUUCGACCCGUCCUCGCCCGUUCCCGGGCAACGGAACGCCAAUCUUCCGCCCUACAGCAAUAUAGUCGGAGCUGUACGCGGUGCAGGGCAAGAACCAAGCACGAGCACGGACGAUGAUUACGAUCUCGUCGAAGUCAAUCUUUUCCAGCCGCAAGCCGGCAGGAGUCUGUCGGGGAAACGACUGAGCGCAUGCGCGGCGCAACCACCAGGACAGCCCAAGUCCAUCUGAUUAUCACCCCACGCAGUGAGUGCUCUCUAGGGCCCAUCACUAGCCUACUUCAACCGCAGCAUUCAAACACGUACACUUCUUUCUCCUUCUCUUGGCCUUGUAUCGCACAGCAGUGUGCAGUAGUCUUUGAGCCUGUGCUAAGCAACCAUCUGGGGGCCAAUGAUGCAUAGAGAACCACCGGUCUCAUAAGACAGGUGGCCCUGCAACACAGGUCAGUGUGCUUCCUGCUAACUUAAGACCGGUCUCAUAUGACAGGUGGUCUUGCUACACAGGUCGGAAUACGUGCUGACAUGUCACACAGUGUGGGCCCUGCUAACUUAUGACCGGUCUCACAAGACAGGUGGUCUCUGUUCACUGCGGCUGCUAGGCUGCACACGGUUUACUGUACACAACGUUACAUGUACAUGUACCCCUUGAACUAACUUGCACAUACAUGUACAUGUAGGUACGAUGCACACUGAAAACAUCCUACUAUAUAAACGUUCUAGGACUGACGGCUGAGCACACACCACUGACCGUGCACAGGAUUCUGCUCUAGAGUUAUUAAUUUUAUUAUUUUUUUAUCGCCACGGGCAUGAUUGUUCUGACGCACACGAGGCACGGCUUGUAUGCACCAUCUCGUGAGCCAUAACAGCAUCUUGGUACAGUGCACUGCAGCAGGCAGUAUAAUUGCACGCAGAGUUUUGAAUCAUAUUGAACAGAUAACCGCACGGUGGCCAUAUUUCGCACACAAUGUAUUUUCGUCAAGCACCGCCCUGCAUUUUAAUUCCACCUUGAGAGAAGCAACGUGCCAAGGCACAGUUCGUUACCGUUGA